CAAUACACAGGCAGAGAUAGUUAGUUUUCUCAUCAAAGGUGCAAGAUACACACGUAGUAUAUACACGUUGUCAGUGAAUAUAGCCUGUGUUGUUGGUGGUACUGUCGAGGCUUGCAGAUGGCUGGUCCGGGACCUUCGUGCGGGCUGUGCGGGAAGCUGUACACAAAGACGGACAGGCGUCCCCGCUCCCUGCUCUGCGGUCACACAUUCUGCACCCUUUGCCUGGAGGAAGCCAUCCGUGCUAAGUCGUGUAAUUGCCCCAGCUGUAGCCACCCUUUCAUCGCCUUCUCAGCCGCGCAGCUUCCGACUGAUUUCUCCGUCUUGCAGAAAAUUACCUCGUCGUCUUCGAAUGCGCCCUAUGACUCGUUCUCGUGGAAGUCGUCUCGAGAUAAAACGAGCGCUGACGAACCUGACGCGUUCCGCUCGGCGUUUUCAAGGUUGUCGUCGACUAGGUAUGGGGAUUACAGCAGGGACAUUGCGUCGGGGGAUACUGCUUCCCAGAAAACUCCAGAUAAGGAAGAGGGAACUACGCGUUCCAGUCGCUGGCCAAAGACACAGGAAUUGCCCUCGCGUCGACGGUACACUGACCAUAAAGUCUAUAGCGAAGAAAGUGCGGACGAAUCUGAUUCUUCAGGGGAUGAAGAGAAAGAUCUCAGCUCAGGAGUUAGUAAGUACAGAAUGAAUGCUUCUUCUUGCGAUCAUAAACCUUUAUCAAGGACAAACUAUUUACGGAACCCCCACCAGACAAAUACACAACCAGAUGGAAGCUAUGCUCUUUCUAGAAUGAGUGCUUCAUCCACAAAGUCCUCCUUGGACGCCACUUCUUCCACCCUGAAGAACCACGACGACGAAGAGUUUGGUCAGGAGCCAAUUGAUCUGACACCUUUUACAGGCCCGAGAGCAAGAAGACCCUCUUCGGACCGAGCAAACUGGAAACUUUUACCUCGGCUAGAAGUAGAUACACCUAAAAGCAUCCCUGAAUCGCCUGGAAAUACUUCAAGUACACCGAAACACGUGCUGCGGAUGUGUCGAUCUCUCACUAACAAACAUCUCACUUCCGGACGCGAUUCGGACCAGAUGAGGCAGAGAACCCCAACGGCAGGCGAGUCGACCGAUGAUGAGGCGGCAGAUACUCUGGGUCCUCCUCCUCCACUUCCGGGAACUGGACCGCCGGCCCUGUCGACGGACUCCGCGGCAAGUGAUCACAGAUAUUCACAUGAAAGUGUAAUUCCAGGUACAGAGCACUAUGAAAAGGAGCUUCCCACUGAUACCACUGCACGAGAGAAGGGAUCAACUCAUAACAGAAAUGAGCUGCAUCAAACGUUGAAAAAGAGUGAGUACGAUAAAAACAGAGAUAAUGAAGUUCAAACAUCUGUCGAGGCUUGGCCAAAGAGCGACAACAGCCGAUCAUUACGAACGCGUUUGAGCAGACGUGCCCUGUCACUGCAGUACGCUUUAGACGACGAUGAAUCUGUGAAAGGAGAGGCUCAGUACACUACUGAAUCGGCGUCAUUUCACUCGCCUUCCUCUCUCUCCUCCAGCGCCACAACAACCAGCAAAGAUUUAUCAAAAGAAAACACAAGGAAACCGGAUUUGAGAAGAUAUCGCUCUCUGGGAAAUGUAGAGGACAAACUUGAGACAAAGACUAAAGAAACUGAAGCGUGUGACAUAUCUCGGUCUCUCUCCCGGUCACAUUCCGCCAAGCAAGAUGCAGGCGAUGAACGUAGCAAAACACCAGCACAGUCAAAGAGGCAAGGCUAUGAAAAUCUGAGAAUAAAAUCUGAUUGGAAAUACAGUGCACUGGAAGAAGGAAAGAGAGACAAAACAUAUGCUAAAAAGCAAGAGGAUAAGGAAAACAUCCAUUGGUCAAAAAGGAGGUUGAAGCUGUCGGGCCGUUCAACAAGUGUAGAUGAAAGUCAUAAGAAGGAUGCCACUGCCUCUGCCACACAGGCUAAGUUAGAUAACAUUUGGUCGAAAUAUCCCUUGGCAAAACCAAAAGAAGCCUCUGACUCGUUUUCUCAAGAACAUAAAAUGACAGGAUUUUCUCAAAAUGAAAGUGAGCACAGAACUGACAAUAUCUCUUCUUCCAUCUCGUCCAGCAAUAAGGAAGAUGAAAAUGCAAAAGUUAGCAGCGUUCGAGACUGGAAAAUACCAAGGAAGUUGGAAUAUGAGGAUCAAAAAGGCAUGAAAACUGAAACCACUGAUACCUCAUCACUUAAAACAACCGUGGAUUCACGGCCAUCUGGUCGUAAGGAUGACCUUCCUAAUUCAUUUACAGACAGACUCCCAAUGGGAUUAUUACGUAUCGGAAUAGUUCCUAGUGUCCAGACUGUUAGUGAAGAAAGUGAACAGACAGAUGAUACUAAGGAUGAAGAUACUGUUGAUGCCCCUCAGAUGUCAAAGGCAGGGUUGUCCCACCUCACGUCCAGAGGAAGUGACACAUUGGUACCGAAGAAUAAAGAGGUUUUUGCCUCUGUUACUUCUAAGCGACAGCAAGAAAGCUUUCCUGGCAAUGACGAAGCAACCUCAAAUACUCACUAUUCCACAGGUGAAACAAACACAAGGAAUAGAUAUGACGGCAAGCAGAUGCACUUUGAAGCCUGUAGCCUCAACACAUCCUCCGACGAUGCAGAUAUUCAUGGAAACUUCCGUCACAGAAACAGAUAUCAAGAAAUAAAGAGACGUACAAAUCUUCAUAAUCAAAAAAAUGUAGAAAGUGACGACGGUCCAGAAGAUACAGACGAGAAACACCGGCGUUCCCCAAAAGUACAUCAUAAGGAAACAAAUGAGACUUCGAAGCACAAGCGAGACCAUUCGAACCAGAAUCGAGCAGACAAAGUUGCUAAGGGUCUCCAGUCCAGCGAAGAGCUUAAUCUACAGACGAAACCGCCUCCUGCAGAAGUGUUGCAAAAGCUUCCCGACACUGGGCUUUGUCAGACGCAUGGGUCAAUAGUGCACCUGUACUGUCAGCGCUGUGAAAUGUGGAUAUGCGAGGAGUGUUUGGACAUGCUCCACUCCCCUCCGCCCGCGGGACUGUGCCACGUCAUGUCGAUGUCCGAAGCCCUUCUCGGCCUGAAGGAGAAACAUUCAGAAUUCUUCACUUCGAGGAUCAAUACCCUAAAUCACUUUCGGAGGGACCUGAAGAAGCUUUUGUUCGAAUGCGAAAACAGCGUCGAGGAACACGAAGCCACGAUCCUCGAACUGCAAGCGAAGAUGGAAGAAGAGAAGAGGUUGAUUGAAGGGAUGGAGACGAUGAAAGCUCUGGUGCUGGAGAAGGCUAAACAGAUCGACAGCUGGGAAGACCUGCUGCAGAAGAAUGCAAAUCGCAUCGAGAAAUCGGGGACAUCACACGAUAUGAUACAUGCCGUUGAGAGGAACAAGGCGGAAAUCUUGAGAAGGUUCCGAGAAAAUGAAGAAUUGGAAAUUGCCAUGUAAAGUGAAGAGACGUGGUUUUAGUGUCGGUUUUUGUUACGAUGGGAUAGUAUAAUAUUU